AUGAAAAAUGGCUCCUCGAGUGGAAACCAAAUGUCAACCACGGGCGGACACCGCCGGGGCGGCAGUGACCGUAGCGCGGUGAGAGGUUCCCACGUCCGUCGGGGUAAAGGGGAAGGCAGGCGGCGCUCAACGGACUCAAAAAAGGAAGUAGAAGCAGCAAUUCACGUUCUGGACAAUGGCGUUGACCGUACACCGCUUCCACUUCAAAGGGCUGGUAGCGGAGCUCCGCACGAUCCGCGUCACCCCUUUAGUCAGAACACAAGCGGUCAGAUAACGACGUCUGUAAGUCAAGCAAUGCUUCCCGACUCCAACUCCAUAUUUCAGUCAUCUGCCUUGAAUGCUUCUGCUGAUGUUGUUCCAAUUCCAUCCACGGGAGAAGGGGCAAAUCAAUCUCAAGUCGGAUUCCUCACUGCGUCGUCCUCACUCACGAGUAUUUCAAUUGAUCACCGCCUCUCGAGCACAACCACCGGUUCCGCUCGAGCAGCCGGAAGUGGUCCGCUGGCUGACGCGCCGCCACACACGUCGUGGGAUGGUCACGGCCGCGGCGACGCGACGCAGGUGCUCACUCGGGAGCAGCGCCGCGAGUGGUUAGAGGAAAAAACAACUGUUGUGCUUCACGAAACCCCAACGAUCAUGCUCUACAUGCACCAGGAUGAAGUAGUUCCAAACGAUCGGCCGACUGAGUUAAACGAAGUUUUAGAGCGCAACAAAGCGUAUGCCGAGUUGGUUGAGGCAAAACGUGUGGACGAGGGGACGCGGUUUCAGGUGAAGGGCUCCUGGACGUUUGCGCCACCGAAAAAGUCUAUUCACUCUGCCAUACAGCCUCCGUCCAAAAAGAAUUCUGGUGGGUUACAAGUCACACCGUGGAUGCUUCGCGACGCGUUUGCGCAUUUUGCCGAAAAUGAUACAAAUGACGAAGACCAAGAGGGAACCGCGGAUGAGGAGGAGGAGGAAGUAGAACUUGUUGAGGACCCCUCGGAUACCGGAAAGGAUACGGGUUCCGAGCGCACAACAGAUCCUAGUAAUGCAAGUACAUCCCAACAGUCAGUGGCGUGGAUGUUUUCGGACACGAUCAUGUCAACCCUGCGCGUGAUGGAGCGCGUAGUCGUGCAGAAUACCAUGGAAGAGGUGCAGCUCUCCUAUAGAGGGAUAGUAAUGGAUCCAGAAGCUUGUCGGGUAAGGAAGGAGGAAGCGGCAACGUCAGGUCUGAUGGGACCUGAUUCAGACGACAUGAACUCUGCAACUACGGAUGAUAAUAAAGAAGCAGAGCAGCAGAAUGAUCAACAGACAGCUGGGGUCGACGAUUCUGCUGCAGCAGUUGCACAAAAGGCGGAAGUGCCACCAGUGAAGUUGCCUGAAGAUGUGAGGGCCUUAUGGACGUUUCGAUCGCCCAUCACAAAGCGGCGCGAGGUAACCUGUAUGGCGUGGAAUUGCAAAGAGACCGACAUUCUUGCUGUGGGUUACAGCGCGUAUCAUGACGAAGAGACUCAAAUGUUAGAUGCCCCACACAUGUUUCAUGGUGGUAUUGUAUGUUGCUGGUCGCUCAAGAAUCCUCUUGCUCCUGAGCGCGUUAUUCAACUUUCCUCCGAAGCUGGUGUUUCCUCCAUUGCCUUUUCCGACGAGCAUCCGAGUCUUCUUGCGGUCGGAAAUACGGAGGGGCGCAUCGUUAUUUAUGACAUACGAAAGGACACAAAUAUCCCCGCUAUCAAAACCACCCUCACAAGCGGUCAGCACACUGGGGCGGUGUGGGAGCUGAAAUGGGUGGCGCGGCGGAAGGAGCGAGGAGAGUUCCUCCUUUCCAUAUCCGGCGAUGGUCGUGUUGUACAGUGGGCUGUCGGUAAAACCAUUGAGCGUGUGGCUCCUGAUCUUAUGAACCUCAAGAGGCAGCACGGUGCCGCAUCAGAGUCUGCGUUCGCCGCUGAGUCGAGCGGCGUCCUGAAUGGUAAAAAAGAUGGCGCUCCUGCGGGUCUGAAAAUGCCGACGCAACGACGUAGAUGUGAAGCGCUUUUUUCACGGCAAUGUGGUGGUAUGUGCUUUGAUGUCUGUCCAGCUGAUGGAAGUGUGUAUGUAGUUGGUACGGAAGAUGGUUCCGUGCAUCAAUGCAACAAGAGUCAGACAGAGAACUACGAACUAGACUAUGCCCCCCACUCUGAGCUAGUGUAUCGCGUGCGGUGGUCUCCAUACAGUGACAACUAUUUUCUAACUUGUUCGGCUGACUGGAGUUCUCGUCUUUAUCGCCUUGGUCAAUCUGCACAAGUGCUGACGUUUGACAGUCCCAACCAGGAUGCGGUGCAGGAUGUGGCGUGGUCCUACGCAAACUCUACAAGUUUUGCCACCGUAAGUGCACAAGGAAGUGUCGAAUUUUGGUCCAUUGCCGAAUCCAUUCAUCCUACCUCUCGUGUGCAAUAUGUGGACAGGCGACGCCUCACCGCGGUGCUAUUCGCUGAACAAGAUGCCCCUGCUGUUGUGGUAGGCGAUGAGAAGGGUGAUGUCACGGUCUUUCGUCUUAUCGGUCAGUACUACAGUAGUAUGAACUUGUCUCUGGAGGAACAAGAACGUGAGUUGGAGGAUGUAGUUCGAAAGGCGACCACAUAA